AUGAUAUGUGCACUUACUCUCCUGGAUGAUCAACUGGAAGUUCAAUUGUGUGCUGGGAAAGAAGGAGCAGGCCAUAAUCCUGUUGCCCAGAAAAACACCGAAAGGGAGUUACCAGUGCACAUGGUUAAGUUGCGCGAAAUGCUUGAAGUAACGGAACUUUUUAGUUAUGGUGCAUGUAACUUGUUUUAUCAAGACUUAAUUGCUGGACACAUAGAGUUCCGUGAAAUGUUUCGAAUUCAAACGGAAAUGUUGGAAGGCAACAAGCCCAAAUACCUAAAAAUUACACGAAAUUUCAACCUUAACUGA